CCUUCCUUAACGGAGAGUUCUUCUUCAACCAAAACAAGAUUAGAUAAAAUAAAACAGAUUGCUUUUGACUUGAAAUGAGAUCACACGGAUUACAAACACCCAAUCUUACGUUCUUGCUCUUUUGCUGAAAAACGAAAAUUAAGCCGGAUAAUACUAGGACUGAACUUCAUCUGAGCUUGUUCAUGUAAUCACAAACCAAGGAGUGCACUCUAAGCAAGCAAAAAAUAGUUAGAUGUGACUUUGCAGUAGUUUCAUCACUCAAUCUCCCUCAAGAACACCCAUUGAAAACAAAAGAAAGAAUACGAAGAAGUUGUAAUCUCUGUUAGUCUCGAUCCCAAGCCUGAGUGCCUCACAAGAUCAAUGGAAGAUGAAGAAGAAAGGCUCCGUCCGAAGACUGGACUGGGUUCGAAUAUGGGUCGGUCGCGAAGUUCGUCGAGUAGUAGCCGUCCGCUGAAGUCGUGGACUCCGGCAGCUGUUUUCGCUUCCUUUGUCGUGAUCAUCCUUUGUGGGAGCGUCGUCUCUUGGCUGGACAUUUUUAUAUUUCCAGGAGGUUCAUUAGGGCAAAUGAUUACUGCUAAGAGAGACCACCAAAAGCCGCCUCAGAAGAUGGAAUUCCCUCUCAACUGCACCAAUUCAUCAACCAUGCCCCAGACAUGCCCGGCAAACUACCCGACGAAAUACAAGCCUGAGGAAUUGUAUGCCGUGGCGUGCCCGGAGUACUUCCGGUGGAUCCACGAGGAUCUAUGGCCAUGGAAGAGCACGGGGAUCACAAGAGAGUUGAUGGAGAGAACCAAACACAUUGCCCACUUCAGGCUUGUGAUUGUGAAUGGCAAGGCUUAUAUAGAGCACUACAGGAGGCCCUUUCAGACACGAGAUGUGGGCACAAUUUGGGGGAUUUUGCAGCUCCUGAGGUUGUAUCCCGGAAAAGUGCCAGAUUUGGAGCUCAUGUUCUAUUGCAAUGACAGGCCGGUGAUCAUGAAGAGUGACUACCAAGGGCCCAAUGCUGUGUCACCCCCGCCGCUUUUCCACUACUGUGGGAAUGACACAUCGUUGGACAUAUUAUUUCCUGACUGGUCAUUCUGGGGAUGGCACGAGGUCAAUAUUAGGACAUGGGCAAAUACAUACCAAGCCAUCAAAGAGAGAGCAAACGAUAUUGCAUGGAAAGAUCGAAUCCCUUAUGCAUACUGGAAAGGCAACCCGGACGUAUCGCCUAAUAGGCAAGACCUAAUGACGUGCAAUGCGACUGACGAACAUGACUGGAAUGCUCGUCUAUAUGCCCAGAAUUGGGCUGCUGAAUCUAGGCAAGGAUUCAAAGCAUCGAAAUUGGAAGAUCAAUGCAUCCACAGGUACAAGAUCUUUGUUGAAGGCAAGGCAUGGUCCGUGAGCGACAAGUACAUUCUGGCAUGUGAUUCGAUGACUUUGAUGAUGGAGCCGGUUUAUCACGAUUUCUUCCUAAGAGGGAUGAUCCCAAUGGAGCAUUACUGGCCCAUUAGGCUCAACAACAAGUGCAGAGACAUCAAGUUUGCAGUAGAAUGGGGCAACAAGCACAUCAAAGAGGCACAAGCCAUUGGAGAAAGUGGGAGUACAUUCAUGGGGGAGAAUCUGAAGAUGAAGUACGUCUACGACUACAUGCUUCACCUCCUUGUUGAGUACGCAAAGCUUCUCAAGUUCAAGCCGGAGGUGCCAACGGGAGCGCCCGAGUACUGCGCCGAGACAAUGGCAUGCCCGAUUAGCGGUCUGUUUAGGAUAAACAUGGAGGACUCCCUGGUGAAGUCCCCUAGUGAUUCACUGCCUUGCACACUGCCACCUCCUUAUGACCCAAGGGAGCUUCAAGGCUUCAUGGAGAGAAAAAGGAACAUCACUAGGCUAAUUAUUAAGAAACAAUGAAAUGCCGAUUUCGCUCGAGCAUUUUUCUUCUUCUUCCUGUGCUCUUAGCAGAAUGUGGCUGCAUCACCGAGUGGAAGAGAGCAAUUUACUAACUUUAAGAAGAAAAAUUAGUUAGAGGGCCAUAUUGGAAAUACUUGUUACGUACCAUUGUGUCACAAGUUGAAGGAACAAGUAAGUACGGGUGACUGAUGAACUUCAUCGGUGAAGUCAAAAAAGAAGAAGAGAGAUUUGCAUCUCCACGUCUCCCUUGGUAGUAAGACUCUACAUUGAAAGUCUCAAAUCUGUCAAAUGUUACUUCAUGUGG